UCCCGGCUUCACAACCCCAUGUACUAUUUUCUGAGUGUGUUGUCUUCUGUGGAUGCCUUCUUUUCCUCAGUUAUUACACCAAAUAUGCUAUUAGACUUUAUGUCAAAUGAUAAAGUCAUUUCACUCCCUGAAUGUGCAGCACAGAUGUUUCUCGCUACUACUUUUGGAACCACGGAAUGCUUUCUCUUGGCUGCAAUGGCCUAUGAUCGCUAUGUGGCCGUCUACAACCCACUUCUGUAUUCAGUGAGCAUGUCACCCAGAGUCUAUUUACCACUCAUCGUUGCUUCCUAUGUUGGUGGCAUUUUACAUGCUACUAUACACACAGUGGCCACAUUCAGCCUGUCCUUCUGUGGAUCCAAUGAAAUUAGACAUUUCUUUUGUGAUAUUCCUCCUCUCCUCGCUAUUUCUUGUUCUGAUACUCACAUAAACCAGCUGCUACUCUUCUACUUUGCUGGCUCUAUGGAGAUUUCCACUAUCCUAACAGUCCUGGUCUCCUAUGGUUUCAUUCUGGUGGCCGUUCUGAAGAUGCACUCUACUGAAGGGAGACGAAAAGUGUUCUCUACAUGUGGCUCUCACCUAACAGGAGUGUCACUUUUUCAUGGAACACUUCUCUUCAUGUAUGUGAGACCAACUUCCAGCUACACUUUGGAG